AUGGGCAUGGGAUUAGAUUCUACACGCAUGGAGGCACACCUUCCUGGAGAUAAGCUACAGCGCACCUGGUAUUUGCUCACGUCCUUUACGAAACGCCGUUCAGUUCGCUUAGUUGAACUCCAGUCCCUUAUUGGCACCCUUCAAUUCGCGUGUAAGGCAGUCGUCUUGGGGAGAACCUUUUUGCAGCGAAUGAUUAAUCUUACCAGGGGGCUUCCUAGCCGUUUUCACCAUAUACGGCUCAACAAGGAAUUUUUUAACGACCUUACCAUGUGGAAGGCUCUUCUCUCGGAUUGGAACGGGCGUUCCUUCUUCUUAGACACUACCGUAUCCACCCCCCCCCAGACUUGGAGCUAUACACUGACGCGGCCAGUUCGGUCGGGUUUGGG